AUCCACUCAUCUGGGUGGAGCCCCCGAACUGGUCACAGAUAAGAGGCAUUAUAUGUAGAUUUAAAUGAUAGAAACCAAGGCAUUUGGUGAAGGUAAUUUUAUACUGUAAAAUCAUGCGAAUUCAGUGUCUACCACGAUGAAGUUAGAAAACAAGCCGACGGUCGUCCUAUUCUCGAUUAUUAUAACAUCGUAUGUUCCAGAUACCCUGGGUUCGACCGACGUAAAAUAUUUCUCUUGCUUGUCCUGUUCCGGUGCCGACUUCCGGUAUGAUGCGGACUUACAGUGCUUAAAUGAUACGGAGUCUAUCACAACAGUCAUCCCUUGUAACAGUAGCUGGCCGUGUACUUAUGGGGAACAGAUUGACCAACGCACUAAUGAGGUAAAGUCCGUCCUUCGCGGAUGCCAACCUUACAAUUCCAUGGGGACAGAAUGUAUACCAUCAAUUCCUAACAAAGACUGUGUUCAGUUCUGCUUCUCGGAUAGAUGCAACAAUGAGACAAACCUCUAA